ACCUGCGAAAGAAGCGCGGUCACGUGACUUUGCAGAAGUGCCGCCCCGAGAAUCUAUGGCUACUAUGGGAUUUCUCAGCGACGGGGAGACGAGAAGACGGUCAGGAGGCCCUCGGGGGCGGGAGAACUUUCUGAAUCUAAUUUAACGUGGGGGCGAGGGAGGUACCUGGCCUGCUUGUUACAGGCCGAAGGCUUGGCGCAUUCCUUCCCCCUCUCCCUCUCUAGCCGCACUAAUAAAUCACUGUAACAGGGCAGUUCUCAUAAUUCGGUCCAAAUUGUUCAGUACUAGGCUGUUGGGCACCGCUGAUACGAGUCUUUCGCCAGCCCAAAGUUUUAGUGGCACUGAAUAACUGUCCUAGUCGGUGGGUCUCGCGUGUGAACACGCUCAUGUCUAGAGCUUAUGACACAGGAAUUUAAAAUGGAUGAUGAAAUGCAAUUAAUAUUUAUUCUGCUUUGUUGGCAAUAUUCAAAUUGAUCUCUUCAACUGUGAGUUCACCUUCAUUGAAUAUUCUGGAAUUAGUCAACAUACCAUAUCUGCGGUUUAUUUGGUACUUUGAAUGGCUGUUGGAAAGGAAUGUACAGUCUGAUGGCCAAUUGCUGCAGCUGGCUAAAGCGGUGGCGAGAACCCAUCAGGAAGGUGACAUUGAUCAUGGUGGGUCUUGAUAAUGCUGGGAAGACUGCAACAGUAAAAGGAAUCCAAGGAGAAUCGCCUGAAGAUGUGGCUCCAACAGUUGGCUUUUCUAAAAUUGAACUUAAACAACGAUGGUUUGAAGUCACAAUUUUUGACUUGGGAGGUGGAAAACGUAUCCGGGGCAUUUGGAAAAAUUACUAUGCUGAAUCCUAUGGAGUAGUAUUUGUUGUGGAUUCAAGUGAUGUGGAAAGAAUGGAAGAGACAAAAGAAACAAUUUCAGAAGUUCUAAGACAUCCCAAGAUAUCAGGGAAACCUGUAUUAGUAUUAGCAAAUAAACAAGACAAAGAAGGUGCCUUGGCAGAAGCAGAUGUGAUUGAAUAUUUAUCUCUUGAAAAACUUGUCAAUGAACACAAAUGCCUCUGUCAGAUUGAGCCUUGUUCUGCUAUUCUGGGCAAUGGAAGAAAAAUUGACAAAUCGAUAAAGAAAGGUUUACUUUGGCUGUUACACACUAUAGCAAAAGAUUUUGAUGUCUUACACGAAAGAAUUCAGAAAGACAUCACAGAACAAAAAGCCAUUGAAGAGCAAGAGAAACGAGAGCGAGCAGAAAGAGUGAAAAAGAUAAGGAAAGAAAGAGAACAGAAAGAGAAAGAAGACAAUGAACGGGAAAGAAGGAGCAUUUUGGAUGAAGAAGACUCUGAGCUUGUAACUGGAAACCCAUUUCAGCCCAUAUCAACUAUAAUCACUAAGAAUGAAAAUAAAAUUGAAAAAGAGAAGAAAAGGCAAAGGGAGGAGAAUGAAAAGAUUGCUAUUGCCUUGAAAACUAAAACAAAUCAGGAGAUAAUAGAUGUUCAGAGUCUGAACAGUGAACAAUCCAACGAACAGAGACUGAUAGAAAACUAUAAAUCUGUACUAACACAACAAGUGGAACACGAAGAUGAGAAUGACCAGCAAAUCUCAGAAAGUCUUGACUCUGGUGAUAAUGCCACUUUGAAUCCAGGAACAGAAAACAGUAAAAAGAAAGCAAAGAAGCUAAAAUUAAAAAGAAAUCGAGUUGAACCAGUCAAUACAGAAGAAAUUGUUUCCCCACUUCCUACUCCAAUUGCAACUCAUACACCAAUUGGAUGGGAAACACCAAAAAUUAACAGAAUUCAAAAACUUGAGCCCCUUGGUGAAACUCAUCAUAAUGGAGUAUAAAGAAAAGAAAAAGAGAGAAAGGACAGAAAAAAGAGAUUUCUAUGGAAAGCCAUUGCCACCACUUGCUAUACAUCAAAGACCUAACAGCGAUAUGCAUGGUGUCAUUUCUUAACUAGCAGUCAUUUUGUAGCUUUCAAGAGGAAUCUAAAAUAACAUUACAUUAGACAUUGCUUUCUUUUUUGAAGAGAUACCUGCUAUUCUUACAAGUUGUUGGGCUUCACAGUUACAUUGGGAUUCCUGGUAAGGAUGAUUCUUCUAAACGUUAACAAUCCUGCUUCCUCAAUUUACCGGCUGCUCUUCAAAGGUGAUACGCAACAAGGAAACUCAUACAAGUAGAAUUCUUGCAAAAGAAAUGACAACAGGAUAUUUAUUUCCCUUGCUGGAAAUAAUAUUCUCAAGACCAAACUCAACUUGAUUAUGCAUAUACAUGCUUUCCGUUUGGCUAAAUAGUUUUCUAUAUUCAACACUGAGGUUUUUUUAAAAGUACAUGCAUGUUCAAAACAGAAACUGUACAUUUAAACAAUUUGAUAUAUUUUUAUAAUAUUUUGUUUUUAAGAAAUUAUUUAGUCAGCAGAACUAUUUUGACAUACUAAAAUGCCUAUCUAUAUUCAUAAGCAUCUGGUACAUUUUUUUUUGAAAAGCAAUAUGUGUGAUUUGCUUCACAAUUUGUCUAAUUGUUAAUUAUGUUGUUUUAUCUUGUUCUUAGUCCACCAGAAAGAAAUGUGUAUUGGAAGGAAACUGUAUUCAUGUUUUCCUUGAUGAGAAACAACACUUCUGGAGUCAAUUGUGACCGUUCAUUUUGUGUUCUUGGGGCUAGAGGGAGAGGGACACUUUUGACUUUCCAAAGGAUAGAAAGAAAUGUCCUUCAAUUACUACUGUAUAGAGUAUUCAUGGCCACUGUUCUUGCAAUACUCUUUUCAUCUUUGAGAAGAUGUGAACAUAUGGAUUGGGGAACUAGGGCUGUGGGGUCACUUUAAUGUAAGUAGAAGUAGAAUUGUAGAAUUGAGUUACACCUCUUUGCACCAAAUGUAAUAAAUGUAUCUUCUCCCAGGCAUAUGUGUCAAGCUUAACUGUUUUAAAGAGUAAUAAGUGGAUACAAAGUUCAUGUUCCUUCACAAUCCAAGGCUUGGCUUUGAAUUCAGAUUGCUCCAUAACCUUUAUUUCAUUCAUGCAGACACAUUUCCCAUUACCUUGGGGUUUCAUAUAUGCUGAAAUAAAUGAAAAUGUUUAUAUAAAAAAGGUAUCUUUCUCCCCUGAAUAUUUUUAUUGCUUCAGUUGUCAAUAACUGCAAAUAUUAUUCUAACAAUGAACAUUUCUAGAAAUACGUAAAUGCCUUUCUUUAAA